UGACACAUUGUUGUGUGAAUUCUGUACACUGAGGAGAAGACAGCCAUGGAGAACAAGAAGAGAAGGGGUAUCUUGGAGCGCCUGGAUGCUGGGGAGGUGGUUGUAGGAGAUGGAGGUUACGUGAUGCAACUGGAGCGACGUGGCUACGUGACAGCGGGACCCUGGACACCAGAAGCUGCGGUUGAACAUCCUGAAGCAGUGCGACAGCUGCACAGGGAGUAUCUGAGAGCAGGAGCCACCGUGAUUCAGACUUUCACCUUCUACUGCAGUGAGGAUAAACUGGAGCUCAAUGGCAAUGUCACCAACAUCACAGGAGCCCAGAUCAAUGAUGCAGCCUGUAAAAUGGCCAGAGAGGUCGCUGAUGAGGGGGGUGCACUGGUCGCUGGUGGUGUUUCUCAGACCCCCUGUUAUGUGCAGAGUCACAGUGAGACUGAGGUCAAAGCCAUCUUUAAGAAGCAAAUGGAUGACUUCCUCAAACAGGACAUUGAUUUCUUGAUUGUGGAGUAUUGCGAGCAUGUUGAGGAGGCAGUGUGGGCAGUGGAAGUGCUGAAAACCAGCGGUAAAACAGUGGCCGCAACACUCUGCAUCGCCCCGCAAGGAGACAUGCAUGGAGUCCCACCUGGAGAGUGUGCUGUCAGGCUGGUCAAAGCUGGGGCGGACAUUGUCGGAAUAAACUGCCACCUGGACCCACUGACUUGUGUUGAGACGGUGAAGCUGAUGAAAGAGGGAUUAGAGAAAGCAGGUCUCAAAGCCCAUCUCAUGAUCCAGCCGCUGGGCUUUCACACACCAGAGCGCAACAUUGAUGGCUACCUCAGCCUGCCUGAGUUCCCCUUCGCACUGGAGACUCGAGCAAUGACUCGCUGGGACAUCCAUAAAUAUGCCAGAGAAGCUUACAAUGCAGGAAUUCGCUACAUCGGUGGCUGCUGUGGGUUUGAGCCGUACCAUAUCAGAGCUAUAGCAGAGGAGCUUUCUGCAGAGAGAGGAUUCCUCCCACCAGCUUCAGAGAAACACGGACUUUGGGGCGCUGCCCUGGAGAUGCACACUAAACCCUGGGUCAGAGCCAGGGCUCGUCGUGAAUAUUGGGAAAAGCUUUUGCCUGCUUCUGGACGUCCCAAAUGCCCUUCAAUGGCCACUCCAGCUACUGAAUAAGGAAGUAAGACCAUCAGUACCUGAAAGGGAGCAAACUAACAAAUUCACCUUAACUGUAGAAUAUUCUGUAUAAUAAAAGUGAAUUACGCUGUAAUAAUUUAGUCUGAACGUCACAUACUGGCUGCAACAUCCAGACAAGUUUACAUGUUUCUUUGCACCUUUAAUUGAUGGAAGUUUUUUUCAAUUUUAUUGUGACACCUAAUAAGGUGUUUUAACUUGAUUUUAGAAGCACUUUUCACACUGAUUUGAAAGAUGCUAUUUCAAUUAAACUGAGGCCUAUUAUA